AUGGGGAAAACAGAGAGAAAGAAAGAGCUUUUAGAAUUAUUUGAAUAUGAAAAAAUUAAAGGAGAUGUAUCAUAUUCAUCAAUAAUGAAGAAAGCAGGUGGAAAUGGUAAAGGAUUUUUAGAUCGUUAUUUUGCACUUCAUAGAAACUAUAUAUUAUAUUAUAAACUUGGUAAAUCAUCACUCAAACCAGACGAUAAACAAGAACCACAAGGUUAUAUAAAUUUAAUGGAUUGUAAUCCAGAUGACACCAAAGAGAUCGCACCCUUAAUGUUUCAAAUCUCUCAUAAACAUAGAACAUACAUUGUAAAAGCAAAAGAUGAGAGUUCAAUGAAACAAUUCUUAACUUUACUCAUCGCAAGAAUUAGAUCACUUGAAAAAAUUGAUAUUGAUAAACUUGGUUGUACAGUUGUAGUUUUAACUAAAGUUAAAAAGUUUAGAGAAGUUUUAACAAAUCCAUUAAUUUUACCAGAUAGAGUUUCACCAGAAAUGGCAGAAGAAUGGGUAAAACAAAUGAAAAAUUAUAAUGCAUCAUUUAAUCUUGCAGAUCCAUUUAUUAAACAAGUUGAACAAAUUUCAGAAUUUUGUAGAGGUGAAGUUAAAGAGUAUAUUGAUUGGUUUGGUGGACCAGAGGGACCACGUUUAGCAAUGAUUCGUUGUGAAGAGACUGUAUUGUCAAAUUGGGUUGAGUAUAUUAAUAAGACGAGUUCAGAGAUUACCACCUAUCAAGAUAAUAGAUUCUUUAGAGAGGAUUUCAAAGAUAUUGCAGUUCAUCUUAAGAAUAUGACCACCUUUAUCGAUUGUUACAAUGACUAUAUGAUUCAUUGUAGAAAGUAUAAUAAUAAUAAACCAAAUACGAAAUUCUUGGAAGAGAAACAAACAUUUAAAGAAUACAUUGAGAAAUUCAUUCCAAAAGUUGCCUCUUGUAAUGACGUUAGUUUAAAUCAGUUCUAUGACAGAUCGCUCAUUCAAAGCUCUGAUGGUAUUGUAACUAUAAAUACAAGUGGUAUAAAGAAAACAUUGAUUAAUCAAUCCAAUAUCAUUUCAAUCACCUCCACAACCACCACCACCACCACAACCACCACUACAACCUGUUCAAUGCCAAAUAUGUCAAAUUUAAUUCAUUCAUUAGAUCAUACUAAUCUUAAUAUUAUUGAUUUAAAUCAUUCAAAAUCACAACAACAAUUACAUCCACCACCAUCACCACAUCAUCAGCAUCUUCAUCAUCAAAUAGUAUCAAAUUCAAAAGAUUUCAAUAUUAGUGUUUCAUCAAAUAAUUUUAAUGAUGGUAAUUCUGAAUUUCCAAAUCUUGAUAUUAAUUGUGAUUUUGAUUUAACCAGUGCUAGUAAUUUAUCUUCACCAAUACUAUCAAGUGAAGUACCAUCAAAUGUAGUUGACCCAAUUGGUUCAGGUCAAGGUGGUGGUGGUAGUGGUGGUGGUGGUGUGACAGCUGUCACUGAAGAGGCAAUCAAUGAAAAAUGGCAUUUCGAUUGCAACACUUCAAUGAUCUUUAAACCGCCAUCUGAAGAUGGUAGAAAUGAGGGUAGUAACAUGUCAACUAGUUCAAUCACAAGUAAAAUGUCACUUUCAUUGAAUGGUGGUUUCGAUAUGAAAUGGGUUUAUCAAUGUGGUUAUUUUAAAAGUAAGAAUAUGGGCUCAAUUUCAUGGAAUGGUAAACAUUGGUGUUGGUCUCAUCCAAGAACAAGUUAUAAAAUUAAAUACAUUUGGGAUCCAACUAAACAAUCAUUUUUAAAUAUACCUUUUAAAUCUAGAGUUGGUGCCACUGGUGGUGGUUCUGUCCCUUCCUCACAAUCUACCAAUAAUUUACAAUCUUCAACAAGUUCAAUGUCAUCUUUAUCAUCUUCCUCAACUUCCACUACUAAAAGAUCUCAUCCAACUACACUUUAUCCUGAUUAUCAAUUCAAAGAUAAUCUUCUCACUCCAAUCAUUAUUGAAGGUAGACAUCAACCAUCCUUAACUUUAAUUGAUUCACCUUUAACAAUUCCAAAUGCUUGUCUUUUAACAAUUGCAAUGACUCAAUACAUUCAAGAUGCUUUAAUUCAUCUUUCACUUGGUCCAAAAGUUUUAUCAAGUAAAUAA